UCAUGUCGCCUGUAAAAACUAAAGCCAAUGUGGAAGUACAAUUGACGGCUUACUAUUUCAGCAGGGACGUUUUCUGUGUUAUCUCCAACACCAUUCCAAGACUCGCCCUCCUCGUGCACCGAACAGACACCAGCUAACGACAUGGUUGACAGAUUAUUGUAUUUUAUCUCCAUUUCAGUGUUUUUUCAUCAAGCUGACAGUACUGUUUCCUGUGGAAGACCUACUGUCCAGCCACAUCAAGUGAAGAUCGUGGGAGGCCGACCAGCCAUGCAAGGGUCACUGCCAUGGAUGGCCAUGUUGGUGGAGCUUGGUGACCAGGUGUGUGGCGGCAGUAUUAUAGCUGACAACCUCAUCCUCAGUGCAGCACAUUGUUUCGAGGAUCCUGGAAGUCUGAACUCAGCCCGAUGGGAAGUGCGAGUUGGGGCGUACACUGUAAACUCACGUAUGACGUAUGAAAGCGUGCAUCAUGUUGAGAAAAUCGUCAUGCACGAGGCAUAUAACACAAGCACUGUAGCCAAUGAUAUUGCGAUCAUGGUAUUAUCUCAGAGAAUCAACUAUAACAACAUGGUAAAGCCAAUAUGUCUACCAACAAACUCCAUCCACGUGACAGAUGGCCAGCACUGCCUAGCUGCUGGCUGGGGGGAGACACGAGGAACUGGUUCACAGGAUGUGCUGAAUCAGGUGAUCGUACCAGUACUGAGUGACAACACGUGCUCUCGUAGCGACUGGUACGGCCGUGAGUUUAUACCCGCCACCACGUUCUGUGCAGGUUACGAAAACGGCAGGAAAGACAGCUGCACGGGAGACAGCGGUGGACCUCUCGUCUGUAAAUCUGGAGGGAUCUGGUAUCAGCUCGGUAUAACAAGCUGGGGCUACGACUGCGCCAAACCAAACUGGCCUGGUAUUUACACUGACGUCACUAAGUACAUGUCGUGGAUAGAACACCAAGCCACCAUAUUUGGUGCGCAUAUUAUAACCUAUCACGAGUUUGAGACACUGAUCAGAACUUGGUUGACACAUCCACAGACGACCAUGCUGAAGACACUGGUAUUGUUUGGACUGCUCAGUUUGGCCUUUGCCAAACCCGGUGGCAGGAAGCCACAGGCCACUAGUCUACAGAACAUUAACAGAAGCGGAUGUGGUACCCAGGCCUACCUUCCCUCCUCCACGUAUAUCGUGGGCGGCUCCGAGGCCACACCAAACAGCUGGCCUUGGAUGGCUCUUUUGGAAUACAAUGGUUACCAUGUAUGCGGUGGAACUUUGAUAUCUGACCGACACGUGCUGACGGCGGCUCACUGUGUGGAGGGGUCAAUGGGUGUAGCUUCAAAGUGGACCGUUAGACUCGGUGUUCACGAUAAAACUAGCUCAAGUUCAACAGAGCAGAGCGCUUCAUUGGUGUCGAUCACCAGCCAUCGCCGGUACAGCAGCGCUGACAUCAACAACGAUAUCGCCAUCAUGGAACUCAGUAAUCCCGUCACACUCAAUGAUUACGUCUCACCCGUCUGUGUGACGGACACAGAUGUGGCAGCGGGUACCAAUUGUGUGUCUACUGGCUGGGGGGAUACCCAGGGAACCGGAUCAUCCAAUGUAUUGAGACAGGUGACUGUACCCAUCAUUUCUCAGCAGACUUGCUCCAGCAGUCAGUAUUACGGCAGCUAUUUGGACACAAAGACCAUGUUCUGUGCUGGGUUUGCGCAGGGUGGUAAGGACUCUUGUCAGGGAGAUAGUGGUGGACCUUUGGUGUGUACUACUUCUGGAAACACUUGGGCCCUUACAGGAGUAACAAGUUGGGGUUUCGGUUGUGCCGAGGCCUACAACCCCGGUGUCUACACUCGUGUGUUUAACUACAUCAACUGGAUCUCAAAUAACAUGUCUUGAGUUCAUAGUAUUGGUAUUGUUUAUAACGAAAUAAAUAUCACAUAAUCCUUAUAAAUU